AUGGAUCGCUUCUUUAAAAAGGCCUCGUCCUCUGAGGCGGCGCAAGCAAAAGAGGAGGUGGAACUGAUGCAGCAGAAAGUUAAAACCAUGGGCGAUGUAGUCGCUGCGCUGGAGUCGCAGCUCAACGAGGAGAAGAGCAAAUACACGCAGCUGACGAGCAAGACAACGCAGUGGAAGGAAAAGGUGAAGGCACUCACAGAGGCGGAUCGCUCUCGUAUUGCGCAAUUGGAAGCGGAGCUGAGCGUUUUUCAGGCAGCACAGGAAGCGAAUGGGGGCGUCGUGACUCCGGAAGUUCAAGCCGCCAUCCACGACGCGUUGCAGAGCGCGUCCGCGAACAACGCUUCGGCAACGGCCGGGUACAAGGAAACUAUUUCUUCUCUGAAGAACACCGUUGCUACCAAAGAUGCGCAAAUCGAGGAACUCCAGCAAGAACUGGAAACCGUGAAGGCGGUCUAUCUGGAAACCCAAGUGCGGUUUGCGGAAGAGGUGCAGUCUGCCACGGAGCACCACGAAACAGAAAUGAACGAGAUGCGUAUUCAAUUAGCGUCGUUGAAGGAGAUGGAGACUCUGAAGGUUCGGCUACAAGAGCAAAGAGAGGAAAUUGCUUCGUUGGAGAACCACUCUCAUCAGCAGUCGCACAUUGUAGUUGUUCUCCAGCAAGAAUUGGACACGGCGACAGGGCAUAAUAAAGAUUUGGAACAGCAGUUGCAAAGCUUGCGCGAGUCCCUUUCAACAUUGGAGCAGAAGCAGUCCGUCUGGAAGGAGAAGGUGAUGCAGAUGAAGGCCAAAGAUAAUGACACGAUCAAGCAACUGGAAACCGAACUCGCCCAGUCACGGGAGUCUUCUGUUGCCCGUCAGCAGCCAAUCACUGUGUCUUCUGACGCUGUCGUUGGGCAUUCAGGUGCUGGAGCGUCUCCAACGGACGCAUCUAUGCGCCACGCAGAACACAGCGACUCAUCGUCGCAGCCACAGGACCAGCUUCAGCAACUCCAGAUCCAGCUCGACGAGGAGCGCCUAACUCACCGGCAAUUCGAAGAGAAGUUAGACACUUGGAAACAGAAAGCAAAGCAAAUCCGUUUCCAAGAUGCUCAGACGAUCACUGAGCUGCAAAACCAAUGCGACCACCUCCAGCAGCAGCUCACUGCCCAGCGACAGCAACAGCCUUCAAGUGGUGGCCCAGCUUUAAAUCCUGUCACUGAGUUCGUCGAGUCACCUCUCGGGAGUCGAGUAAACCUACAGCUUGUAAACGUGCAGAACGAGCUCAACGCAGCACAACAUUCACGAGAUGAGAUGGAAGAGGAACUUCGAAAACACGCUGGAGAA